AUGGACCCGUGCCCGUUCGUGCGGGUGCUGGUCGGCAACCUGGCCCUCAAAAUGCCGGUCGCCCCGCGCCCCGCCGGCGCCGGCGCCGGCGUGCACCCCACCACCUCGACGUGCUACUGCACGAUCCGGCUCAACAAGCUGCCGCUUCAGACUGCCGCGGCCCCGCUGCUGCCCUCGGACGACAUGACGCAGGGUCCCGCCGCGACGGGCGCACUGGCGGCCGCCUUCCACCUCUCCAAGGCCGACCUCGACCGCGUCACGGCCAAGCCGUCCCUGUUCGUCGCCCGAUCCGCGAGGCUCAAGGUUGCCGUGUACGCCGGGCGGCGGGGCACCACUUGCGGGGUCAACUCCGGCCGGCUGCUCGGGAAGGUGGUCAUCCCGCUGGACCUCAAGACCGCGGUGGGGAAGCCCAUCGUGUUCCACAGCGGCUGGCUCUCCAUCAACAAGCGCGGCCGUAAGGCCUCUGCCGUCUCCGGCUCCGCGCAGCUUAACCUCACCGUUCGCGCCGAGCCCGACCCGCGCUUCGUGUUCCAGUUCGAUGGCGAGCCUGAGUGCAGCCCGCAAGUGCUCCAGGUGCAGGGUGGCAUGAUGCAGCCCAUGUUCACCUGCAAGUUCUCCUGUCGCAGUAACAGCGACCUCCGCUCUCGAUCAAUGCACUCCGAUCCGGGGAGUGGCGGCCGCAACUGGCUGAUGUCGUUCGGUUCCGACCGCGAGCGGGCAGGGAAGGAGCGGAAGGGAUGGUCGGUGACGGUGCACGACCUAUCGGGUUCGCCGGUGGCACUGGCGUCCAUGGUGACGCCGUUUGUGGCGUCCCCCGGUUCCGACCGCGUGAGCCGGUCCAACCCGGGCGCGUGGCUUGUACUCCGGCCCGGCGACGGCACUUGGAAGCCGUGGGGCCGCCUGGAAUGCUGGCGCGAGCGUGGCGCUGGCGCGGCCGGCGACAGCCUCGGGUACCGGUUCGAGCUCCUGAUUCCUGACCCAACCGGAAUGGGCGUCGGCGUCUCUGUCGCCGAGUCCAACGUCCCUUCCUCCCGCGGGGGGCGCUUCGUCAUCGACCUGACGGCGGCGCAGCCCUUCGGCCGGUGCGGGUCGCCUGGGUGCAGCCCGCGCGGGAGUGGUGACUUCAGCGGCGGGUACGGUCUCUGGCCCUUCGGGAGCUACCGCGGGUUCGUGAUGUCGGCGGCAGUGCAGGGCGAAGGGCGGUGCAGCCGGCCAACGGUGGAGGUGGGGGUUCCGCACGUCGGGUGCGCGGAGGACGCGGCGGCGUUCGUGGCGCUGGCGGCAGCCGUGGACCUGAGCAUGGACGCGUGCAGGCUCUUCUCGCACCGCCUCCGCAGGGAGCUCUCCAGCACCCGCUCCGACCUACUGCGGUGA